CUUAUUUUAAAGAAAUAUGGCAUAAGCACACUUUUCAAACAAAGCAUUUCAAAGAGUUUCAUAGAUUUCUAUAGAUAGAUAGAUAGAUAUAUGACAGAUAGAUAGACAGAUAAAUAGAUAGAUAGAUAUAUGAUAGAUAAAUAGAUAGAUAGAUAUAUGAUAGAUAGAUAGAUAGAUAGAUAGAUAGAUAGAUAGACAGACCACAUCCUCUUAGCCACAGCAUAUAGGGAGAUGCGCAGUGAGAAAAAGACGCUGUGGUUUGCAAGAAAAAAUUCCAGAUAUGAUUAGGCUUUUCUUUCCAUUCAUCACACAGUUUUAGUAUAUAAACAGACCAGUUUGCAUCCAUGUCUUCAGAAAGAUCUAUUCAAUACGUUUCAGCACCGUUUGUGACUGAGUGACUACUUUACAGCUUUUUUAACUUUUUGACUUGGACACUCAGCAUCGUCUUUCUGACUUUUGACUUGGACACUUAGAAUCAUCUUUCAGAUUUUUGGUCUCAUAUUAUAGCUACAGAAUGGCACUUUGGAAAUAUAUUGCUUUAUUGAGUCCAUUCCUUUUUUUCUCCCAAAUUUGCUCAAUGCCAACAAAGUGCAUCCUGCGGCAGACACUUGUGAAAGAAACUCACAGUCUACUUGAGAAUAUGGGAGGUCUUUUUCCUCGUGAAUGCUUGAAAGAAAACAUCAAAAUAACCUUCCCGAAAUCUGCACUGCAAUCAAAUGACUCCAGUCAGAACAUCGGUGUAGCAAAGGCAGUCUAUAAAAUCAUGGAGCACAUUGAUUUCCUGUUUGCUAACGACAGUUAUCCAGAGUCCUGGGACCAGAUGAAAGUGGAGCAUUUCCAAAACAUAGUUCACCGUUUAACUGGCGAGAAAAAAUGUUUUAUGGGGAGAACGCACAGACCUGUGGAUGAUUUUCCAGCAAGAGACGAUGCUCUGAAAACCUUCUUUGAUAAACUGGCCACUCUCCUCAGAGACAAGGACAACAGUGUCUGCGCGUGGGAGGUGGUUCGAAAGGAGCUCCUGUGUGUUCUCCAUGACAUCCUCAAGCUUAAAUCAUUCAAAAUGUAGUUCUCUGUAUUUAUUUGUGUAUUUAUUAUUUAUUUAUAUAUAUAUAUAUAUAUUUAUUUAUUUAUUUGAUUUAUUUGUAAACUGUUAAAUCACUGUACUAGACACUCAA